GGCAGCUCCACUUUUGUAUCCUUUGUGUCCGCGCUUCCAAAAGUCAAAGAAAAAUCAAGAAGAAGAAGUGGCCAUGGAAGCCAAGGGAGCAGCAAACCAGUAUAACUCCAUAAUAGUUCCUUCUGUACAAGAAAUGGUCAAUGAUAAGAUGAUCAAGACGGUUCCUCCGAGGUAUAUACGGUCUGAGCUAGACAAAACUGAGAUCACCGAUGACUACGGUUCAAGAACCGAGAUCCCAAUCAUUGACCUGAAUCGUUUGUGUUCUUCAACCUCCAUGGCCUCUGAGAUUAACAAGCUUGACUUGGCUUGUAAAGAAUGGGGUUUUUUCCAACUUGUGAACCACGGAAUGGACUCAAACUUCUUGGACAAAGUCAAGUCAGAGAUUCAAGAUCUCUUCAACCUUCCCAUGGAAGAGAAGAAGAAGCUAUGGCAACAACCAGGUGAGAUCGAAGGGUUUGGACAAGCUUUUGUUGUUUCAGAGGAGCAGAAACUAGAUUGGAAUGACAUGUUCUACCUCACAAUGCAACCUGUCCGGUCAAGGAAGCCUCACUUGUUACCCAAGUUACCUCUUCCCUUCAGAGAUACACUAGAGAAGUACUCAACUGAAGUGAAAAGCAUAGCUAAGAUCUUGUUAGAGAAAAUAGCAAGAGCCUUGAAGAUCAAACCUGAGGAAAUGGAAGAGUUGUUUGAUGACGAGUUAGGACAGAAAAUGAGGAUGAAUUACUACCCACCUUGUCCAGAGCCUGAUCAGGUUAAUGGUUUAACUCCACAUUCUGAUGCAACAGGACUCACCAUCCUUUUGCAGAUUAAUGAAGUUGAAGGUCUCCAGAUCAAGAAAGAUGGCAAUUGGGUUCCAGUCAAACCUCUCCCAAAUGCAUUCAUUGUCAAUAUUGGAGACAUAUUAGAGAUUAUAACGAAUGGGACAUACAAAAGUAUAGAGCAUCGUGGAAUUGUCAACUCAGAGAAAGAGAGGCUUUCUGUAGCGACGUUUCACGGUAUGGGAAUGGGUAAAGUGGUUAGUCCGCUGAAAAGUCUUGUGGAAAGGCAGAAGGCUGCGUUGUUCAGAAGCGUGACUAUUGAAGAGUUUUUGAAGGUCGUGUUCUCCCGAAAGCUCGAUGGUAAAGCUUUCCUCGACGUUUGGAGAAUCUAAGGGUCCCAAUGAACUUUGUCUUCUCAGACUGUUAAAUCUUGUACUAUGUUUCUCCUCUUGUCUUCCUGCUUUUUGUGAAUAUGAAAGACAUCUUUCCAAAGGAAAACACUUGCAAAGAACUUGGCCUAGUAGUACCACUCUGGUGAAAUAUAAAAAUUUGCUAAACGUUGUAGCAUAUAAGUUUUAUAAUGAAAGAAAAAAUUGGUA